AUGAAGACCUCCAGGAACGGAAGCAAUUCAAGUGCUGGCGGCGAUACAUACAAGCCUACCACUACUGGUACCAGCAUGAAGAAUCCUAAAUCUGGCCCAAGUCGAGCAGACCCACGGUAUGGUUCCCAUGAUGUCAAGAAAAAAGGGUUCUCGGAUGUGCGCCAGGCGUCUAAGCGACCAUUGCCCACGCAAAAUGGCGACGGAACCUACCCCUCAGAACUUACUCGGCCUACCAUGGUUCAGAAUCUGAAGGCUCUACAGGCCGCAGAUCUCAAGACACUCGUUCAGAUCAUCAAAUCCAAGAUCAAGGGGGAGAAGAUCCAAGAUGACAAAACCAUGAUCAUGGAACGGACAAUUCAGAUUGUUGCCAAGCUCCCACACAACUCUCGCCUACGAGAGCAACUGACAAACACUUUCAUUGAGGAGCUCUGGGGGUCACUCGACCAUCCUCCGAUGCUUUACAUGGGCGAUGAAUACAAAUACCGUCAGGCCGAUGGAUCUUACAAUAAUCCAAUGCUUCCAAGGCUAGGAGCUGCCGGAGGACCAUAUGCCAGAUCUGUUAAGCCUCGUAUUGUCACCCUCGGCGCCAUGCCGGAUCCUGGCUUGAUCUUCGAUGCCGUGAUGGGGCGCACGAGCUACAAGAAACACCCUAACAACGUUUCGAGUAUUCUUUGGUAUUGGGCAACCAUUAUUAUUCAUGACCUCUUCUGGACGGACUUCAAAGACGUGACGAAGUCCAAAACGUCCGCGUAUCUUGAUCUCUCGCCAUUGUAUGGAAGCAAUCAGGAGAUGCAAAAUUCAAUCAGAACAUUUAAGGAUGGCAAGCUCAAAGCCGAUAGUUUCGCUGACAAGCGUCUGAUCGGAAUGCCACCCGGAGUCUGUGUCCUCUUGAUCAUGUUCAACCGAUUCCAUAACCAUGUGGCGGAGAAUUUGGCUGCUAUCAACGAGGGAGAGAGAUUCACACCGCCAAGCAAAGAUCUCAACGAGGAGAAGACAGCUGCGGCUCUGAAGAAGUACGACGAAGACUUGUUCCAAACUGCGAGACUUGUGACAUCUGGCCUCUACAUCAACAUCACAUUGGUCGAUUACGUACGAAACAUCGUCAAUCUGAACCGCACCAACACGACUUGGACACUCGACCCCCGACAGGAGGCUGGUAUCGAUGCCGGUACACCGGAUGGAGCGGAGGCAGGCACUGGGAACGUCAACUCUGCUGAGUUCAACCUUUGUUACCGAUGGCAUUCGUGUAUCUCAGACAAGGACGACAAGUGGAUCCAGAAGUUCUACGGCAAGCUCCUAGGUAACAAGGGCCAGAUGUCCCCCCAGGAAAUGGCCUGCGUUUUCGGGCAAUUCGAGAAGUCUAUCCCAGACGACCCUGGUAUGCGUACUUUUGCAGAGUACGAAAGGGGCGAGGACGGAAAGUUCGACGAUGACGACCUUGUGGAUUGCAUCAGCUCUGCGAUUGAAGACUGUGCUGGAGCGUUUGGAGCUCGAAACGUCCCUCAGGUUAUGCGACCUGUUGAGAUUAUGGGCAUCUUGCAAGGACGCAAGUGGAAUGUCGCUGGUUUGAACGAGUUCCGAAAACACUUUGGCCUCAAACCCCAUGAAAGUUUCGAAGAAAUCAACUCAGACCCCGCUGUCGCGGAUCAACUAAGGAACCUCUACCAACACCCAGACUACGUUGAACUAUACCCUGGCCUCGUCGCCGAGGAGGCAAAGACUCCGCUGACACCUGGUGUUGGCAUUGCCCCCACAUACACCAUCUCUCGUGUCGUUCUCUCGGACGCUGUCUGUCUGGUUCGCGGCGACAGAUACUACACUACGGAUUACAACCCCCGGCACCUGACUCAAUGGGGCUACAAGGAGGUUGACUAUGACUUGAACGUCAAUCAUGGUUGUGUUUUCUAUAAGCUGUUUCUCAGAGCUUUCCCCAACCACUUCAAGGGCAAUUCUGUUUAUGCCCAUUAUCCCAUGGUCAUUCCGCCGGAAAACCAACAGAUCCUCACGGAUCUGGGAAGAGUCAAUCAGUUUGAUUUUGAACGCCCGAAACCCAUUCCAACAAGGACCAACAUCACGUCUUUUGGCGGUGCCAAGUACGUCUUGGACAGCCAAAGUCGGUUCAAGGUGACGUGGGACGACGGAUUAUCCUUCUUGAUGGGCAAGGGUGGAAGCCGCUUCAUGCUUUCCGGAGACACUGACUUUCACACGGGCCAGAAGAAGUGCAUGAGUGCUCAACUCUACCAAGACGACUGGAAUUCUCAUGUUAAGAAAUUCUAUGCCGAUAUUACGGAACAGCUACUUCGCGAGAAGUCAUACAAGCUUGCCGGUCAAACACACGUUGACAUCGUUCGGGACGUAGGCAACAUCGCCCACGUUCAUUUCGCCGCCAGAGUGUUCAAUCUCCCUCUGAAGACACACAAGAAUCCCAAAGGCGUCUUCACUGAACAGGAGAUGUAUCAGAUCUUGGCGGUAAUCUUUGUCUGCAUCUUCUUUGACAUCGACCCAGCCAAGUCUUUCCCCCUUCGCCAAACCGCGAAAGAGGCAGCGCAGUCGCUGGGCAAGCUUAUUGAGACGAACGUCAAGAUCACUACGAAGACAGGGCUUCGUGGGAUCUUCACUGGCUCAGCAGACAAGCAAGACCCUCUCGCAUUGUACGGAACCAAUAUGAUCAAGGGUCUCGGUAAGGCCGGCCUGAGCACCUACGAUAUCGCUUGGAGCCAGAUUCUGCCUACUUCGGGAGCGAUGGUGCCGAAUCAAGCUCAAGUCUUCGCUCAAGCGGUUGAUUACUAUCUUUCGUCUCCAGGGUCGAAACACCUAGAUCAAAUUCAUGCCGUUGCCAAGGCACCCUCUACCAAGGAGUCUGAUGCUGUGUUGCUUGGCUACGCCAUGGAGGGCAUUCGACUUGCUGGCACGUUCGGUUCUUACCGUGAGGCGGCCCAAGACGAUGUCAUCGUGGAGGAUGAUGGUCGAGAAGUGCCUGUGAGAAGGGGAGACAAGAUCUUUGUUAGUUUUGUGUCCGCCGCCAAGGAUGCGAACCACUUCCCUCACCCAGAGGAGGUCAACCCGCGGAGGCCGAUUGAUUCGUACAUCCAUUACGGCCUUGGCCCUCACUCUUGCCUGGGGCGCGAUGUAAGCCAGGUGGCUCUCACAGAGAUGUUCAGAGCGCUCUUCCGGAAGACGAAUGUCAGGCGAGUGCCGGGGCCCCAGGGGCUCUUAAAGAAGGUGCCAAGGCCUGGCGGUUUCUUUGUGUACUUGAAGGAGGAUUGGGGCCAGAUUUGGCCAUUCCCAGUCACCAUGAAGUCCCUUCUCACCACGGGGCUUUUGGCUGCGGCUGCCGUAGCCCAGCAGACAACCUCAUAUGUCGACUCCGCAACUGGCAUCACCUUCCAGAGAUACACCGAGACCUCUGGAUUUUCGUUCGGUGUUGCUCUGCCUUCGACUGUUGGCAAGGACUUUAUCGGCCAGAUCUCUGCUCCCAUCACCGCGGGAUGGGCCUCCGUCUCUCUGGGCGGUCCCAUGACCAACAAGCUUCUUGUUGUUGCGUGGCCCAACGGAGACUCUAUCCAGACAUCCAUUCGCAAGGCGUCAGGAUACUCGAACCCCGACGUUGUGACGGAUUCCGGUAUCACUCUCAAGCCUAUUGAGUCUGGCACCUCCGUCAACGCCACUGCCUUCACUUACACCUUUGUAUGCGAGGGAUGCAUCACCGGUGACACGACCACCUUCACUGGCACUUCUGAUACCACUACCUUUGGCUGGGCUUACUCGACCACUGCCCUGUCCGACACCACGAGCGCUUCCGUCGCUCUCAACUACCACGGUGCUGGAUUUGGUCUUUUCGGUGCAAACCUCGCCUCUGCCAAGUCCGCCGAUUACGCAACUUGGGCCGCGAAGGCUUCCGAUGCCGUCUCCACUCCCGGCACAGGCAACGGAACCUCCCCGUCCGUCCCCGCUAACAUCACGACCACGAUUUCCAACACUACCUACGAUUACAUCGUCGCCGGUGGCGGCGCCGCUGGUCUUAUUGUUGCCGAGCGUCUGGCCGAGUCCGGAAAGAGCGUCCUUCUCCUUGAGCGUGGAGGACCUUCUUUGGCGUCCAGCGGUGGCAAGGCUACCGUCGACUGGAACAGCACUGUCACCCAGUACGACGUCCCUGCCAUGGGCUACUACCUCUCGACCGCCAAGGAGACCAGCGAGUACUGCACGGACACCGCUUCCCAGGCUGGCUGCAUUCUCGGCGGCUCUACCAUGGUCAAUGCCAUGAUGUGGGUUAAGCCUCCCGCUCACGACUUCGACGACAAGUGGCCCACGGGCUGGAAGUGGAGCAGCGUUGAGGAGUCUGCCAACAAGCUCUACGAGCGAACCCCGGGAACCAUCCUCGCCAGCAAGGACGGAAAGCGUUACGACCAGGGCGCCUACGAUAUCAUGUCCCAGUGGCUGGCCGGCAAUGGCUUCAGCGAGGUUGACGCUCUUGCCGAGCCCGAUAAGAAGGAGGCAGUCUUCACCCACCCUCCUUGGUUGAUUGAGAACGGUAUGCGUGGCGGUCCCGUCCGUGACUACCUGCCUCUUGCCCAGGCUUUGCCCAACUUCAAGCUGCAGCUUAACGCCAAGGUCAUCCGUGCCAUCCGCAACGGUACCACCAUCUCUGGUGUCGAGAUUGAGACUGCUACCAACGUUCGCCAGAUCAUCAACCUGAAGUCCGGCGGCGCCGCCAUCCUGGCUGCUGGUGCUCUCUCUUCCCCUCGUAUCUUGUUCAACAGCGGUAUUGGCCCCAAGGAGCAGAUCCAGACUGUUCAGAACGGAACCGCUCAGGUCACCCUCCCCGCUGAGGCCCAAUGGAUCGACCUCCCCGUCGGCCAGAACCUCAAGGACCACCCCAUCUUCACAGUCAACUUCAAGACCAAGUCCACCCUUAACUCUCUGGCCAGCACUGCAUUCACCGCCCCUAGCCAGACCGACGUUGACCAGUUCGCUCAGGGAUCCGGACUUCUGAGCCAGGCUGGACAGCGCCUGAACUUCUGGACCAGUGUCGAGGGCUCUGAUGGUGGCAAGAGAUACGUCCAGGGCACUGUCAACUCUCCUGCCAACGACACUAUCCGCGUCAAGGUCUACCUCACUCACGGUCUCACCUCCGUCGGCGCUCUCGGCAUUUCUGCCGACGGCUCCACCAAGCUCACCACCGAACCCUACCUUACUACUACUGAGGAUAAGGAGGCUAUCACCAGCUUCAUGAACCAGCUUAUCCAGUACGCCUCCAAGUCCAACAGCACCCUGACUCUGUCCGGCAACGUCACCGCCGAGAGUCUCAUCUCCGAGCAUACCACCGGUAGCCACUUUGUCGGCAGCGCUGUCAUGGGCUCCACCAACGACGGAAACAGUGUCGUCGAUACCAAGACCAAGGUCUGGGGCACUGAUAACCUCUAUGUCGUCGAUGCCUCCAUUCACCCUGACUUGCCCACUGGUAACACCCAGGCUAUUGUCAUGGUUGCGGCCGAGCACGCUGCUGCCCAGAUCCUUGGAGGAGCUGGUAGCGCUACCAACUCUGGCUCUGAUUCUAGCUCCGGUUCCGGUUCUGGUUCCGGCUCCGGCUCUGGCUCCGGCUCUGGCUCCGGCUCUGGCUCUGGCUCGACUGGUUGCAAGCGUUCUGUCAAGCGCCUCGAACGCCUUCAGCGUUUCCGUCGCGCUCACCACAGCUUCUAA